AUGGGCCCGCCGUCAUCGAGAAGUUUUACCAUAAGCAUCAAGACCACGGCGCCACCUACUUCUUUAACUCGACCAAGAUCGACCCGGAACAUGCCCGUCUGUCGCGACCGUGCCAGCAUGGCAUACUAUCUCACGCGCAACUCGGUCAAACUCUCCUACAUCGCCGAACUCGUCCACCAGAUCUGUAAUAAGAAUGGCCGAAAGGUCAUUGUUUUCUGCGACUGGCCCUCCACGGCAUGGCUAGUAGAGAUCCUUCUGAUGGUUCUGGGGUUCAAUGUUAUCAGCAUCCGUGCGAAGCAUAGGCUCAAGGACCGAGAGGCGGCGAUCGCCCAGUUCAAUGACAAGACUUGCCCCGUGCAAGUCCUGGUCACCAGCGUCAAGGUCAGCGCCACCUCCGUAAACCUGCAGAAGGACUGCGCGGACACGAUCUUCGCAGACGUGCGGUCAAGGAUGACCAAAUGGAGCUCGAGGUCCGCAGCAAAAAUUUGGGUCGAAUUCAUUGGACGAGAAUACAAACCGCAUGAUGAACAUGUUCGAUUUUUCACCGAGUCUUCUUGUUCUUACUAUCUCCGCUUGUGA